UCCUCCUUGCGCUAAAGCGAAAGCGAAGCACCGUGGAAAGGUGCAGUUCUCAGAAAUGGAGACUGAAUCUUUAGCAGAAGUGCCCUUGUUUCGGAUUCCUUUGUCGGUACGCAGCGUCGUUACAAGGCGGCGUAGACUUUAGGACAACGCUGCCUCAAGUGGAAUUGUUUUUAGGCGAGCCUCCUUUCCACCCACCCAUUUGUUUAUCCCCUAAAUCUCCCUAUCCUUUUUCAUCUUCCUGUCCAUAUCCAGUAAUAGGUGUCUCCCACAUUGACGAGGGUAAGCGACAUCAUGCUUUGCACAAGGGGAGUGGAACCCGAGUCCUCCGAGCCGGAGGAAAUGGACACUUCAGAGGCCCGCUGGUGCUGGUUUUACCUGGCUGAGUGCGGAGUGUGGCACAUGUUCGAGAUGGAUGAAAGCACAGCCUGUUCUGUCACCAGUGAGCAAAUUGAACAGAAUUACUGCAGAAACCAGCAGGGCGUUAUGGAGUUCUACACUGCAAAGUACACCUACAGACUAGAUUUCUCAGUGAUGAAGCAGGUCAACGUCACCACUGGGAAGCAGCGGCCAAUCAAACGGGCUCUGCAUUCGGUAACCGGCUUCAGGUUUAUCUGUGACAAUCUUGCACUUCCUGUUCCUGCUCAUUGGGAAAGAAUAAACACAGAGGAACCUUAUCAGCUGGUCGCUUUGGGCAGGGAUACGUUUGAAUAUAAAGAGGUAGCAAGACUCUUUGAGAUGACCAUGGGUGCCCCUAUAAAGUCAAUACAGAGAAUCCAGAACUUGGACCUCUGGGAGUUUUUCUGCCGGAAAAAGGCGCAGUUGAUAAAGAUUAAACGCAUUACGGACAUUGAGGAGAAGAUGCUGUUUCACGGGACAGGCUACAGCAAUGUACAGGCCAUAUGCACUUAUAAUUUUGACUGGAGGUUGACUGGGAGCCAUGGUGACGUCUAUGGUAAAGGUAGCUAUUUUGCAAGAGAUGCAAAGUACUCAAGUAAGUUCUGCCACACAACUGGGAGGCACAACUUUGCUCUGCAGAAGCAUGGCCUGGCGCCACCCAUUUUCCAAAGCGACCCUUCGUACAAGUCCAUGUUUCUUGCCCGGGUGCUCGUUGGGGAGUACACACUGGGGCACCCGCUGUUUUGCAGGCCGCCCUCCAAAGAUACGAGCAUCACAAACUUCUACGACAGCUGCGUGGACGAUGUUGCGAAUCCAAAGAUAUUUGUGAUCUUUGACUGCAACCAGAUAUACCCUGAAUAUCUAAUAGAGUUUUUUUAACGGUAAUUUUCCCAA